AUGACUCAAGAUCUCGAGAUGAAGGAUCGCUCAACGCCUUCCAACUCCGCUUCUGCACCUGCUCCAUCUACUUUACAGCAUUUGAAGGAGAUAGCGUCGCUUAUCGAGACUGGUUCGUACUCGAAGGAAGUUCGUAGAAUUGCUCGUGCCGUUCGCCUUACAAUUGCGUUGAGGCGUAAAUUGACAGCGUCGGUUAUCUCGUCUUUUCUUGAUCAUGUUCUCUCUCCUGGUUCUGAAGCUCACGCCAAAUUGUCUACGUAUCUUCCCAAGGAGGAUGAUCAUGAGAUGGAAGUGGAUGCGGCAACCUCUGCAAUUCAAACCCCAGCUAAGCACCUGUUGCCCGAGCUAGAAAUCUACUGUUACCUGCUUGUACUACUUUUUCUGAUAGAUCAAAAAAGAUACAAUGAGGCCAAAGCCUGUUCCUCAGCUAGCAUUGUUUGGCUGAAGAACACAAACAGGAGAACUGUUGAUGUUAUUGCAUCCAGAUUGUAUUUUUACUAUUCGUAUAGCUAUGAGCUUACUGGAGAUCUUGCUGAAAUCCGUGGCAACCUCCUUGCAUUGCACCGAAUUGCCACUCUGCGCCAUGAUGAGUUGGGCCAGGAAACACUUCUUAACCUCUUACUUCGUAACUACCUUCACUACAAUCUGUAUGAUCAGGCUGAGAAAUUGAGGUCCAAGGCUCCUCGAUUCGAAGCGCAUUCAAACCAGCAGUUUUGUCGUUACCUCUUCUACCUUGGGAAAAUUCGGACAAUUCAGUUAGAGUAUACAGAUGCAAAAGAGUCCCUGCUGCAGGCUGCCCGGAAAGCACCAGUUGCUGCACGGGGUUUUCGAAUUCAAUGUAACAAGUGGGCUGUGAUAGUGCGUUUACUGUUGGGAGAAAUACCUGAGCGGACUGUCUUUAUGCAGAAAGGAAUGGAAAAGGCUUUGAGGCCUUACUUUGAGCUUACAAAUGCUGUCCGGAUUGGAGACUUGGAACUGUUUAGGAACAUCGCAGACAAGUUUUCCACUACCUUUAAUGCAGACAGAACCCAUAAUUUGAUUGUUCGAUUGCGGCAUAAUGUCAUAAGGACUGGUUUACGCAACAUCGGCAUCUCCUAUUCCCGUAUCUCUCUAGCUGAUGUUGCUAAAAAACUGAGACUGAACUCUGCAAAUCCUGUUGCUGAUGCUGAGAGCAUUGUAGCAAAGGCUAUUCGUGAUGGUGCGAUUGAUGCUACAUUGGAUCAUGCCAACGGGUGGAUGGUGUCCAAGGAAACUGGAGAUAUAUACUCCACAAAUGAACCUCAGUUAGCCUUUAAUUCUCGAAUUGCAUUCUGUCUUAACAUGCACAAUGAGGCGGUUAGAGCACUUCGUUUUCCACCAAACACUCACAAAGAGAAGGAAAGUGCUGAAAAAAGAAGAGAGAGACAACAGCAAGAGCAGGAGCUGGCUAAGCAUAUUGCAGAGGAGGAUGACGAUGAUUUCUGA